AUGGAGGCAAAAAACCUCACGUGGGUAUCAGAGUUUGUCUUUUUGGGGUUCUCAGAGACUCGAGAGCUCCAGCUUUUCCUGUUUUUGGCAUUCCUGUUUGUCUACACCACCACUGUCAUGGGAAACCUCCUCAUCAUGGUCACAGUGACCUCAGACACCCGGCUCCACACACCCAUGUACUUCCUGCUCCGAAAUCUGGCUGUCUUAGACCUCUGUCUCUCCUCUGUCACUGCCCCAAAGAUGCUGGUGGACUUCCUCUCUGAAAAGAAGACCAUCUCCUACCAGGGCUGCAUGGCCCAGAUCUUCUGCAUUCAUCUUCUUGGUGGCGCGACUGUCUUCUUCCUCUCGGUGAUGGCCUUUGACCGCUACAUAGCCAUCUCCCGGCCCCUCCACUAUGUCACCAUCAUGAACACUCAGUUGUGUAUGGGGCUGGUGGUGGCUGCUUGGGUAGGGGGAUUUGUUCACUCCAUUGUCCAGCUGGCUCUGAUGCUCCCAUUGCCUUUUUGUGGCCCCAACGUCCUGGAUAAUUUCUACUGUGAUAUCCCACAAGUGCUGAGACUUGCCUGCACUGACACCUCCCUCUUGGAGUUCCUCAUGAUCUCCAACAGUGGAAUGUUGGUCCUUAUUUGGUUCCUUCUCCUUCUGAUAUCUUACACGGUCAUCCUGGUGAUGCUGAGGUCCCACUCAGGGCAGGCAAGGAAGAAGGCAGCUUCCACCUGCACCACUCACAUCAUUGUGGUGUCUAUGAUCUUCAUUCCCUGUAUCUCUGUCUACUCCCGGCCUUUCACCACCUCUUCCUUGGAUAAGGCUUUAUCCAUCAACUACACAGUUAUGACCCCCAUGCUCAACCCCAUGAUCUACACGCUGAGGAAUCAGGAGAUGCAAGCAGCCAUGAAGAGAUUACGUAAACAGCUCGUGAUAUGUAACAGGGAGUGA